AUGGUUCAGACAGUGGACUUAGUUCAGGCAGUCGACAUGGUUCAGACAGCCGACAUGGUUCAGACAGCCGACAUAGUUCAGACAGCCGACAUAGUUCAAACAGUCGAUAUAGUUCAGACAGCCGACAUAGUUCAGACAGCCGACAUAGUUCAGACAGCCGACAUAGUUCAGACAGUCGAUAUAGUUCAGACAGCCGACAUAGUUCAAACAGCCGACACAGUUCAGACAGUCAACAUGGUUCAGACAGUGGACAUAGUUCAGGCAGUCGACAUGGUUCAGACAGUGGACAUAGUUCAGGCAGUCGACAUGGUUCAGACAGUGGACAUAGUUCAGACAGCCGACAUGGUUCAGACAGCCGACAUAGUUCAGACAGUCGGCAUAGUUCAGACAGUCGAUAUAGUUCAGACAGCCGACAUAGUUCAGACAGCCGACACAGUUCAGACAGUCAACAUGGUUCAGACAGUGGACAUAGUUCAGGCAGUCGACAUGGUUCAGACAGUGGACAUAGUUCAGGCAGCUGACAUGGUUCAGACAGUCGACAUGGUUCAGACAGUGGACAAAGUCGAUAUAGUUCACGUCAAUCUAGGAUCACAAUGA